AUUUUAAUCCUUUCAUCAUUGUGACAGGCAAUUAAUCAUCACUUUACAUAAAAUGCAAUUGACAUAUUUGAAAACUGAAUAUGCAUAUCUGCCAAUAUUGCAAUUAUUCUAUAUAUAUAUAUAUAGAAAUAUAUAUGAAAUAUCAUGUACAGCUAUCGUAGUUGCCCGAAAAUAGAUUUAAUCGUUUAAGAUUUAAAAAUUUCAUAAAUUCAAUUAAUUGUGUUAAAAUUUGUAUUUCGCGCGUUACAAUCUCUAUGUUCGAAAUGUAAAGCCACUGAUUGGAUUAUUCAACAUUCGAUGUCCACUCACCGAAGUGGAUUGGUUAAUUCUAUUUAAGCCACGCCUACUUCAAUGUUAUGACAGCGCAUGAUAAAAAUGAAGUAUAAACUUUGUCAAAGAGAAAAACUAGAAAUUUGCCAUGCACACACAGUCGGUAUUCGGUUUUAUGUUAAACAUUGACGCGGUUCGAGAAGUGCGUUCGAAUAGUGAACGGUGAUAAAUAUACAUGUAAAUAAACAAAUAAUUUCAAUUAAAAGAAUUUAGACUGGAGAACCGCUAAUUAAUCCACUGCAUCGAAAUCAAGUAUAUACAGCACUCACUACGCCGUGUCAUUGACUUGGAACGAAGUGUCAAAAUCGCUCGAGUCCAUCUUCAUCUUUGCCGACAUUUAACCAUAACAAAAAUCAUCGGUCCGCCGUCCGUCCAUUCGUAGUAACAUAUGUAACAAAGAAAAGCUGGUUUCCAUAUAUUCCAAUUAAAUACAACAUAAAGAUACAAACAGUGUUGUUUAAUAACGCUCACUUCUUGGAAUAUAUUUCAUCAUGACAUUACACAAAGAGUGCAAAAAAACAUUCAAAAAGAUGUAUCAGAUAAAAGUCUUUUUUCACUGAUCAAAACAUAUUGAGAUUGGAGAGUGAUGCCUAUUCAUCAGAUCAAUGUUAAUCCGCCUGACUGGCAACCACCUUUAUCUCUUGGUCCUUCCACAAAUAAUAGUCCUGCUGGAGGAGAAGGACUACCAGAAUGGACUCCACGAGAAUCAGCAUAUGGCACUGUUGUCACAAUUAUACCAGAGCAUUGUCAUUCAUCUGUAAGCACAUUAUCUUCAAGCAAUCAUGAUAUUUGUCGAAUCUGCCAUUGCGAGGGUGAAGAAGGUGCUCCAUUGUUAGCACCAUGUUAUUGCAGUGGUAGCUUACGUUAUGUACACCAAGCGUGUCUACAACAAUGGAUUAAAGCAUCAGAUACUCGUGCUUGUGAAUUAUGCAAAUUCACGUUUGUCAUGCAUGCUAAAACAAAACCAUUUUAUGAGUGGGAAAAAUUAGAAAUGUCUGCUUUGGAGGUACGUAAAUUAUGGUUAACAGUGGUAUUCCACGGAUUAGCUGCACUUUGUGUAGCUUGGUCCUUAUACGUACUUGUCGAACGUUCGGUGGAGGAAGCUCGACGUGGAUUUUUAGACUGGUCCUUUUGGACUAAACUAAUUGUUGUUGUAAUAGGUUCUACUGGAGGUAUAGUUUUUAUGUAUAUUCAAUUCAGGACAUAUAUUACAUUAUGCAGAAAGUGGCGAGCAUUUAACAGAGUGAUAUUUAUUCAAAAUGCUCCGGAGAAAGUGGUGCUUCCUCCUUCACCUACAGAUUCUUUAAGAGAAAUGUCAUUGCCUCUAAAGGAUCCAACUGCCUCCAUGCCAGAGCUCAAUCGUACCCUAUUGCCCCGUACUAUAGAUCCUCCAUGUGCCUCACAGAUGGUAAAACCAGAAUGUGUUGCAUCUUCACAAAGACAUGAUGCCCAAUUGAAACUUUAUGUCUUUGAUAAAUUGUCUUCUUCCGAAGACAAUCUAUAAUAAACUGAAAAAUGAUAAACUAAUGCUAACUACGUAAAUGUAAUUGGCCAAGUUUAAUUUACAUAUAAAUGAAUGGGUGAAGUGGUGAUUUUAGAAUAUAUUACGAUUUCGAAAAUUGAAAUUCCCUUUUCGAAACCGACAAGUAUCCGCCCCUGUGAAGCACCUUUAUUUGGAACUUAGUACUUCAGUGCUUAAAUUGAGAAUGGGAUAGCUGAAAGUGUUCGGUUUAAAUGCUGACAUUUUUCUUCGACGAUUGUGUACAUAAUUAUUGUAUCUGUGAUGUUAUUAAAUAAACUUUACCAUAUUUAAACAAUA